UCGAUUCUCCUGUGGACCACCAUAAAUAGAGUGAGCUCGUUUUACAGAGUAUUUACCCUUUUCGGCGGCUUCUAGUAUUCAGCCAAAAACUCUACUUCUCGUGCCCCUGUUAUUUUGCGUAACCGUCUCACACCGAUCUGCUUGCUAAGAAGGGAAGAAAUGGCAGGUUCCCAUAUUGCACAUGCUGCUUACAAGGGUCCAAGUGUAGUGAAAGAGAUUGUGAUAGGGAUUGCUCUUGGAAUAGUUGCGGGAGGUUUGUGGAAGAUGCACCAUUGGAACAACCAGAGGAGAACUAAGGAAUUCUAUGAUUUGCUUGACAAAAAUGAGAUCAGUGUUGUGGUGAAUGACGAGUAACUUUUCAAGAAUUCAAUAAUUUGCUUCAGCAUGAAAGUUUGGCUCAUAUGGUAAAUGAACAAUGUAUAUUUCAGAUAAUGUUUGAAUUUUAAUAUGCUAAUAAUUUUCAGUU